GAUAGGGAUAGUUUUAAUUAUUUGUUUUCUUUUCGGAUACAUAUCUCAGAUUUGACAGCACAAAGAAGUCGGCCAUUUUAUUGCUUGAGAAGCUGUGGCUUUUCUCCCGUCGGGAGACUUGUAUUUUUUAUCAAAUUAUUUUUAUUAGGCAAUCGUUUUAACAGCGUACAAAUCGGUAUACGUAUUUAGUGUUUAAGGACAGAGUUUAUUUACGUGAAGAGAUGGACGAUCCGAAUAGAAUGAUGGCGCAUAGCGGCGGGCUGAUGGGUCCGCAAGGGUACGGGUUGGCCGGGGGCGAGGGCGCGCCAGCGGCAGGGGACGGCGAGGCCCGCAAGCAGGACAUCGGGGAGAUCCUGCAGCAGAUCAUGAACAUCACGGACCAGAGCUUGGACGAGGCGCAGGCCCGCAAGCACACGCUCAACUGCCACAGGAUGAAGCCAGCGCUCUUCUCGGUGCUGUGCGAGAUCAAGGAGAAGACAGUACUGUCACUCCGCAACACUCAAGAGGAGGAGCCCCCAGACCCACAACUGAUGCGCUUGGACAACAUGCUGAUUGCCGAGGGUGUUGCCGGGCCGGAAAAGGGCGGCGGUGCUGGUGCCGCUGCCUCCGCCUCCGCUGCGGCUGGAGAAUGGGACAACGCGAUCGAGCACUCGGACUACCGCGCGAAGCUCGCGCAGAUCCGGCAGAUCUACCACCAGGAGCUGGACAAGUACGAGAACGCGUGCAACGAGUUCACCACCCACGUGAUGAACCUACUGCGCGAGCAGAGCCGCACGAGGCCCAUCACGCCCAAGGAGAUCGAGCGCAUGGUGCAGAUCAUCCACAAGAAGUUCAGCUCCAUCCAGAUGCAGCUGAAACAGUCCACCUGCGAGGCCGUCAUGAUUCUACGCUCCCGUUUCUUGGACGCCCGUCGCAAGCGCCGCAACUUCAGCAAGCAGGCGUCCGAGAUACUCAACGAGUACUUCUACUCGCACCUCUCCAACCCCUACCCGAGCGAGGAGGCCAAGGAGGAGCUCGCGCGCAAGUGCGGCAUCACCGUCUCGCAGGUGUCCAAUUGGUUCGGCAACAAGCGCAUCCGCUAUAAGAAGAACAUCGGCAAGGCGCAGGAGGAGGCCAACCUGUACGCCGCCAAGAAGGCCGCCGACCUUUCCUGGAUCGGUGCAGCGCGCGAGCGCUCGCCCCCCGGCAGGGCUACUUCAAAUUACACCGCAGGCGCGUCCCCUUACUCGAUGGGCGCGGCGUCCGGCACGGCGACGCCCAUGAUGUCGCCGGCGCCCACGCAGGACUCCAUGGGGUACUCGCUGCCCGCGCCCGGCUACGACCAGCCGCAGCCCUCCUACGACGGAUCCAUGGGCUACGACCCCAUGCACCAGGACCUCUCGCCGUAGUCGACCAGGCUCCGGAUAUUAUUCACUUGCGCAGCUUCCACUGAAUUGCCAUUUACGUAACUCUACUCUAGGUCCCUAACGGCUCUCGAGCCCUAGCAUAGUACAUUGUAUACUGUAACUUAUAAUACUUACAAACUCACAUGUAGCGUGCUAUUUUUGGAAAGACAUGUAAUUUCACCUUGUCUCACGUUCGAUCCGACUGUGUCCAGUAUUUAUUUAUUUAGUUUCGGACGCUAAAAGUACUUAAAAACGUAUUUGUACCUCAAUUGUACUGUAAAUGGUUGUUGCGUGGACUUUCAUGCACAGGCCGUCCUUCAGUGGCACUUCCGUGGUCGAUAACGCCCUGUUGAACAACAUGACAAUUGUCAUCUGACAUUGACAAUCCGCCGUACAUUGCUGGUCCAAGAAGAAAGUAUUGAAGGUAUUUAGAUGCCGUCGUUAUUUAUCGACCGAGAAAUGUACAAGAAAUUAUCAAUUUAUCAGUGUCAGUUGACAAUUGUCAGAGUGGUGAAAUAGGCGACUAGUAUCUCGCUGUUAACGGUUAUUCUGAAGACGUUCGCACAAACAUCAUCAUUUAGAGACUGGUCAAAAUAUUACACGUCAUUAUAAUUAGUAAAUGUGUAGCUCACUCAGGGCACGCAUAUACAAGUGAUGAUACUGAUGAUUAUUGAAGCUUAAAUAUGUGUAUAAUACAUGUGUUCAUUGAAAAUCCACUAUAAAGAGGUUUGUUAUUGUUAAAACAUCACAAUUAAAAAUAUACUUCACGUUGAUCUAAACAAUUAAACUUAAUUAACUUGACAACUGAGAAUUGCCGUUAACAGUUUACAAGAACGGCAGCUAAAGACUGUUACAUUAUCUUCGAGUUAGGAAUGUACAAAUUGUCAGAUGGCAGAUGAUAAUUGUCAAGUUAUUGAAAAACGGAAGUGCCACGAAUAGUCCUUUAUUAUGGUAUUAUUUUUUUAUUUCGACCAGUGAAAUCUGAAAUUAUUGAAAGUUAUUAUUUGGCAGUAUUAGUAGUGAUCACUACGGAUGGGGUCGUUUCAUUUUGUCUUUCUGUACGGUGGAUAUGAUACGAUAUGUAGAUGUAAGCUAUCUUAUAGUGAGUAAGUGUUCGGAUAAUUUGUGCUGAUGCGGCGUAGCGGCGGAGCAGUGGGACAAUAUACUUACAGAUGUACCAAUACGGUAUAUCAAAGAUUUUGUUUCAUAUUUGUUCGAAUUUUCAACGGAUACUGAAAUAUGUAUACUGUAUAUUAAAUUUUUCCCAAGUUAAACUUAUUUUGAAUUAUCAAAUAUAAAUUGGAGUGUAUUUUCUGUGAAUAGGGUUUACCCUAUCCAUAGGGUUACCCUAUUCAUACUAUAUUCAAUAUGUCCGAUUGCUCCACCGCACGCCCUGUCUUCUAUUUGUGUGCAAUUUAAAGCGCACCGUAUUCACUAGAGUAUUUGCAAUGCAACAACAUGACAAAACAUUUGCAAUGUAAAAUGACGUUCAAUAUAUGGACAAAAACGUAAAUGCAUUUCAUAAUUAGACACAAAGAUCGAGCAGGCUCGUUUUAAAACUUGAUUCACUUUCAUGUUUUUUGUUACUUAAGUUAUAAAUAAAAACAAAUAGUACUUUAUUUCACGCAUUGAUUAUGUUGUGCCGCGGGCGGGGUAUUUAACUAAAACCAAACAUAAUGAACACUAUUGUGGCGUUGUUUAGACUCUAGUGGAUAUCGUGACGCUGAAUUUUAAAUAUUUUAUUAUUGUAAAGGUUGUGCCUAUUAGCUCCGAUGCACUUGAUUUGUUCAUUCAACAGACUGUAGCUCAACUGGCUUUGACCAUAAACAUGUAUACAAUUUUUAGAUACCAAAAUAUCGUCCACUGGCAAUUCCUAGACCGUUAUUGCAAACAAGGGUUAACCCUUUGAACACCACGACCAUUUAUCGCGCCAUGGUAAACCUUAUUGGAAUGCAUUAAGGUUAAUAUUAAACUGUAACCGUGCGCGUUUGUGGACGUAUUUGUCGGUCAAAGGGUUAAGAGUGUUGCCUUUGUAUACAUGUUUAUAAACGUGACUGUAUACGACUCUUCUUCAACCGCCUCUCUCGAACCGUUCUUAGAAGAAAGAGACAAACAAUGUCAGCUUCGGACUCACAGUCAGUUGUGUAAAGAAUCGUUUCUUUAGAAAAUUGGUUGUACGGCUAAGGAAGGAGUUGCGAAUGUCAAACGAACUAUUUUAUUAUCAAAGCGUUGGUUGUGACGAGCGGUGUGCUGCUAACAUUUUUUAUAACACUAUAAUGUCAAACCAUAGUAAUUGUAUUUUUAUUACAUUUAUUUAUGUCUUAAUUUCAUAACCCACUUCUUCUCUAUAAUAAAAAGGCUCCAGCUACUUAUGUCGAAGUCAAUUAUGAUGGGAGCCAGUUUUUCAUUUGGUUACUGUUCAAGAUAUUCAGAAAACAACAAUAAACGUGUAAAAAGACUGUUCGCACAGUGGUUUGCCAUCUUUAUUAAUACCAUAGACAUAUAUUAUCAAAUUUAAAAAGGUAUUACUUAGUUGAACUUUAAAAUGGCGAAAUCACUAAGAUUUUUUUGUUCUAAUUAAAAUAUUCAUAGCUUAACAUGCAGUAAAGUAACGUGGGAAUGUGCAGCUAAUGUAAUCAAUCUUGAAACGCGUUUCGCCAUUUUGUAUUCAAUACUCGAUAGUUCAUCCUAAUUAUUUGUAAAGUCCAGAUAUCAUUUUAGUAACAUCAACUACCGAAUAACGUCAUGCUCAACGAGCACACUAUUUAAAUAAAAGAAGUAAUGUAUGAAAGUAAUAAUGAUGUAGCCGCGCACCGCCCGCCAGCCUCUUCCACUCGGUGCUAACAUAUACUAGCACAAUUAUUAUUUAGCUAUUAGUUUACCCUGAAUCCGUUCACUAUCCGCACGCCGCGGAAUAGGUUAUCAUUAGCGUAUCGGGACUAUAGCACUAUCCUGCCAGUACCUCUACAACCCACUGCUCAAAAUAUUAUAAUAAAAUAAAAUAAGCCUCGUUUAAAAACGUGAUGAUAACCGAAUGUUGUCUAUUUACACUUCUAGCUCUAUGGGUUUCAUAUUCACGAUGUUCACUCUUUUGAAAUAGAAACCUAUUGUAUGAAAACCCCAUUGUUAGGACUGGCCAGCAAUUUUCAUUGUAUUAAAUUGGAUUCCAUAUAAUAAAGAUGAAAUAUAAACAAUAGGGAGGAAUAAGAAGUGAAAGAAUCUCAUUUCGGAUUCAAAAUAAAGAUCCUAAUCCUAAUUAAUUAGAUAUGGAGAUUUUAAUAAAAUGUACAUCUAAAUAGUUCAGCUCGAUUGACUUGUAAUUAAAAUUUAUUUACCCUAUUUAUAUUAGGUAAUGCAACAGUGGCCAAGUGUGAUCUGGCGAUAGUGCUACAGUUCCCACUUUUAUUAUUAUGUUAGUCUCACUUCAAUUAGAUUUAGAUCGGACUUGAAUCCUAGCAUUAAGUUGAUGUGUUCUAAAACAUUAUAUCUGAGACAGUAUACGAAUAACGACAAAUUUAAAAAAAAAUGUUAAAAUUUUCUGAGGUUCGAUGUUUUGCAACUGCGCCGCCUAGGCAGGGAGACACGCGACUCUGUCGCUUGUCGUUGUGAUUGUACAGUGCCGGGUACUUGUAGUUAGAUAUUAUAACUAUGUGCUAUUUAUUAUUUUUAUGUCUAUACACUAUAACUGUAGGAUAGACUCAUGUAUAUGGCCUCUCCAAACAUCACCGAUAAUCGCAUGCGAUUUGAGAUACAUUGCGACAUUUGAUCGAUCGAAUUGGAUUCGAUGGUACUACUUAGCCGGCAAUUAACUAAUCGCAUGCCAUUUGUUGGGACGUCUGUAGGCCUUUACGUUUACAUUUUUAGGGACGCCAUAGACACAUUUGGAUGUCAUGAAAAUCUGCCGGUCAGAAACGAUUUUGAAGAACCAUAGAAUAGACUUUCACUAUCCAAAUGUGUCUGAUGUGGUAGCCCUUUUGGUAUUUUUUUACUACACACUUUGGCGCCUGAUGGGCUUUGGUUUUUUUUAGGUGCAAGUACCUAUUUUUUAUUGUAUAUUUAUUUAAACGGCCGGCACUGCCGUGUGUAAUAGUUAGACUGCACCUGUACGAGGCGGCGCUACACCAUGUAUACGAUGAUAAGUUCAACGUUAUUGUGACCAUCAGAUUUGAUUCAAAUACAUUUUUGUGUAGUUUA